AGGUACACGCACAUAACUCAGUCAGUCGGUCGAUCGGACGGUCGUGGUUCGCGCUCCGUCCAAACGCUCCAAAAAAAGAAAAAGUGCCGCAGCCCCCUGCCCUUCGGUUCGUGCAAUCCAUCGUCUUUUCAGCGCACUGGUAGCUCCCCUGUGCACAUGUGGCUGCGUGGUAUAACUGCUGACAUCGCUGAGCCCUACAAUCGCGGUCAGCACAAGGUUGCGUAGUGUGUGACGCGCGGUUGUGUGCUUUCGUACUUCGUUCCAAUCGAUCUAACGCAACACACCAUCAUCACACGUCGUCUUCGUUGUUGUUGUUGUCUCGUUGUGUUUCGUGUUCUGGUGUGUUUUGCCUGAACCGCGCGGUUUGCCGUAAAUUCCCGAAGUGCUUUCAUCCGGAUUUCGCGCACCGCGUCAGUGUUUUGGUGCAGAGGAGGAGAGAUCAUCAUCAUCUCGAUCUCGUACGCCGGAGAAAGAGUGUGUGUGUGUGUUAAAGGGAGAGAGUGUGAGAUCAAGGGAGCAGCAACACACUUGACAGCUUAUACGGAAAUAAACGCUCAUUGAAUGUUGUGGUGGAUCGGAGUCGCGCGUGCUCGGGCGGUUUUGCGGCGCGUUUCGUUUCGUUGAUGCGUUGAUGUCGAAAGAGAGCGCGCGCUGAAGGGCUCGUCGGUGCCGCACGCCUCAAAACGAACGAAGUCAUCCGCGCUUUAGCUGCCCGCUGGUGGUUUAAUGCUUGCCUUAAAGUGGUUCCGUGUUGAGGUUGGAACAAAACGAUCGUGCAGUGUUGCUGCCUUCUAUUGCGCCACCUUGGAGGAGGGCGCCUAGGGUGUGGAACAGGCAGAACACGGCGCACGAGUGUGUGCAAUUUGUGUGAAGUGUGUUCAAAGUAGAAGAACGAAACAAAACCGCGCCGCCGUGUUGCGUAUGCAGAACGUUGCUGGCGGCACUCUUUCUACCGUUCGAAACUCAGUUUUCAUUUGUAGCCUCAUUGUGGUUGAGAGGACACCCUCCUUUCGGUAAACUAGACGCACCCCCAACCAUAUCCGAAAAUGCCGGAAUCAAUUAUCAUGAACCGAAUCUUUCGGUAUUUCAUGAAGUUUCACGGAUACUUCAUCGCGAUCUGCACGAUCUUCUUCACCUCCGUCAUCAUCGUGAGCUCGUUCAUGGGCCGGGACAUGCACGACGAACCCCUGUUCGUGGAGGAAGAGUACGAGCCGGUGCUAAAGUUUCCCGUGCUCAUUCAGCUGGAAUCGGUCCUGUGGCUGACGGCAUCCGUAAUGCUGCUGGCCGGACUGUACAAGGAAAGCAAGAAUUACAUCACCCCCUUCCUGGCGCUCUUCAUCGCGGACGGUGUGGUGGUGAUCGUGCAGGAAACGAUCAACCUCUGCACCGGGCGCAUUUCCGAGCUGGGCACGAUCGACACGCGCCAGCUGGUAGUAAUGAUACUGGCAAACGUGUACGUACUCGUUAGCCUGAUCGUGCUCUACCGGAUGUUUGGCAAGGAGCCACUGCCAGCGACGCAGAACAACUUCGUGCGCUUCGACAACGAGCAGGACGUGGAGACGGGCCACGGGAUGGGUCCGGUCACGGCGCCACCACCUGCCGGUCCGGCCAAUGUCAACGGUUCGUUGAACUCGCCCAGUUUCGCCGGGAACGGUGUCACGGCACAGCACGCGACCUAAGGGAGCGCCCCCCCAGAAGCAGCAAGCAAGGGAGCGAAAGCCGGCCAGUCCCACGGCGUGCAUAUGUUAGUAAUAUGCGCUAGUGAAAGUGAUGUACAUACUCGUUUUGUAAGUGUCAGCGGUGCGGUUUUGGUCGUGCCAUCCGCACGCCCGUGUGUGUGUGAUCAAUAUGGCAGCGAUGGAAUGUGUUUUUUUUUUUUGCCAGUGGAAUGGUGAUGAGGUGAUGUGAAGCUGCCAGCAGCCCGACGAGAGCAGCCAGAAAUGCCGCAGCCUGAAAUUCCAGCGCAGUCUUUUGUCAUCAACAUAACCACCCGAUCGAUGAAUAUUGGAGCGAUUGUACUAUCCCUUUCACCUUGCCACAAACACGAACGCGAAUGAGGUUCCUCCAAAUAGCCAGCAUUAUCUAAAUGAGCAUCAUCAUCACUAAAAGGAAACUGAUCUAAGUACACACAAACACACAUACACACAAGCGACUGCAGCCACACGUCGGUGCAGAAACUCACUCACGUGCUUUACCACAAUUGGCCAAUUAGGGCAACUGCAUGAGAAACUCCGCUCAUCGCACAGACACCGCCACCGAUCACGCACGGGAAAGACACAGUUCGUGUGUCCACAGUUGGGUUAUCCAGUGCGUGGUUUUAGCGUGAGAUCGUGUUCGCGUGUAAUGCAACCACACAUUCGAAUGGAAAAUGAUCCUCUCCGAGAGACACAACCCAUUUCCAACCAUCAUGUCACCACCGAAGCUGCGUGUGGUUGUUGUUGUUGUUGUUGUUGCUGUUGCUGGCCCAGCUAAUCGUCUACCGGAGUCGGAGCGUUUAAGAAAGCCGAAAGUUUUGAUACGAAGUAUCCUCGCACGUGGACGGCAGCAGAGAUGAGCUUAAAACGAUCGGCCACCAUUUUUGUUUGUUUGUCUUUAGCGUUACGUUAUUAUUUUAUUUAGUGUUUAGCUUAAAGGGUAGCUAGCGUAGGACGCGAUACGCACAAGUAAAUAUAUGUGUAUUAUGUUAUUAUUAAUCGGUGGACAGUGUGUGACGUGAAAUAUGGCAGGAGAGUUGUAGAACGCCAGACAGAGAGAGAGAGAGAGAGGACACGUCACGUACACAAGUAUGAUAAUCCCCACCCCAAUCUCACUAUGGCCAGUUAGUAGGGUAGGUGCGUGCCGUGCCGAGAGGAUAAGCCGAGACCGACGACUUUCCUUCUUCGAACAGGGUUAACAAAGCACACAUGGUCGCUGCUGCUCCUGCUAUCUAAGCUCUUGUAACAGCGUAACUUUCCCGCACAGGGGUUUUUGCGCUAAUCCCCAGGCAGGCGACGGCCGGGUAAUUCGAGCCGGAGGAGUAGUUUAGAACGCUAAAGGUCAUGCACACAAACACAUAAAGUGCACCACCGAAGCCAAAUAAUGAAAUAGAUAAAUAAACGAUGAAAGCGAGAGACAGCGACCCCGCCGCCGGACCGCGUUUUGCUACAAACAGCAUGUACAGGCAAUAGCGCAACUAGACUGCGCGGAAAAGGGCACAGAGACCCCCCGCGGGGGCACGCGAGAGACGCAGGACGUGUAGAAAAUAUAGCAUACAAUCGGAGAGUUGAAAACAAACGA